GCGCACGUGUGUGUGUCAGUCUCGCAACUCGCCUAGUUUUAAUUAAAUUUUAUUCGUAAAUUAAGCACUAUUUUACGAAAAAUCAAGUAAUGUUCUAUAAUAUAUAGUGUGAAAUUCCACGAAAAUGUCGCUAAACCCAUUAAACGAAUUAAAACGGCGUUUAGAAGACGACACCAUAGUCCUGCCAAAGCGCCUCUGUCUCGCGAGGAAUGUCAUCCACUCCCAGCACUUCCCAGCCGGCCCGAAGGAGAGAGUGGUUGCGGAAUGGCUGGACAGAGUGACAAAGCGGAAUCAACUGUCUGGAGGGGAGUUGAAGAAUAUACUAGGCUGGGUCAGUGUGGGAGACGAUUUGAGUGGCGAGUUGAAGACUAAACUGAUACAGAUUGUGUCAGAUUUUGUAAAAAGCAAAACAUUAACACUUGAGGAGGUUAAUUCAAUUCUGAACUUCUUGGAAAAUUACAAAAUUGCCAAACAAGUCACAGAGAAUGUUGAUGAAAACCUUCUCAUAUGUAUUUCUUUACUGCAGUUAUUGAGAAACACUGAUAACAAAGAUGUAGAUAAAGUUAAUAUUCUCAUAACAAGAAUAUUAACUCAUCUCACAAAACAUUAUAAAGAAUCAAAGAAGAAGCUUGAAUUUAUAAUAAAACUCUUAGAUGGAGAAAAUUUAGAAACAUUAUUCAGUUUACUGGAUACAGAAAAUCGUAAUUCUGUCAUAGAACUAUGUCAGAAUAUCCUUUUCCCAAUGAAUAAGAAGACUUUCUUUAUCAGUUUCUUACAAACAUUAGUAAGAAAAGAUAAUAUUGAUGAAUUAAUAGCUGAAAAGGGAGACAAUAUUCAGUCGGUGUUGAAAAUAAUGAAUACAUUUUUUGAGUUUCCAAAAGGCCGCACUUCACAAGACUACAACUUUCUAUGCAAUUUUGUUGAUGUGUUUGUGACAUGCUUUACAGGCGAGCAUCAGCUUAUAUUUGCUUUAUACAUAAUGAUAACUUCAUCUCUGAACAUGACGCAGAGUUAUUUAAAUCCUAACAUGACUUUAUCUUCAAUUGAAUUUGAAGAAAAUGAUGAUAAAAUCAAAAGAAGUAUUUUUUUGAAAUUCCUGGAGAUUUUACUACAGAAUGAAGUUGAUAUCAGUGUGAGAUUGACCGAUACUUUCGGUGAGAAGAUAUCUAAAGUUGAGAUCAAAAAGAACUUCACCGGUUUCUUACAAAGUGUUAUGAUGGGACUGUUAAAAUUGGAAGGGAAACCUGAUAAAAAUACAAUGAAUAUAAUCAAUGUAGCUUUGCAAUUAGAUCCAAUAUUAAUUGAGCAAAAAUUAGACACAAUUCUACCACCAAUUAUGGCUGCUAAGAAAAAUAAUUUGAGCACAAUGGAAACAUACACAGCCAUGUUAAAAUGCCUUCUUCAAACUCUAUUUAAACUAAGCCGAGGCACUUUAUUCAUCACUCAAAUACUACCAAAUGUAAAGCUUAUUUUAGAAGCUAGCAACCCUGAACAGUUUGAAUUGAUACAGAAAUCAAAAGGAGAUGAUUCAGAGAAGAUCAAAAGUAAGAUAAUUACAAGUAAUGAUAUUAUACCACAAGAAUGUGUGGAUAUGUAUGGAAAAUGGACAUCAGAGUUAAUGUUUAGGCAAAACUGUGAACUGCUGGUGACUUUACAGAAGGAUUUCCAAGUGCACUGUCUUAUGAUGUUAGAAGAAGGUUAUGUCAGCCCCUCAAUAAUAACCCUCUCCGAAGUGCUGGCGGCCAUUUUGUGCAGCGUAUUCGAGAACAGCAAGAUGGCGGACCACACGGUCCCGCGCCAUAUUGCCGAAGAGUUCUGGGACACGUUUGUAACCUUCGAGAGAGAAUGCUUGAACAAGUUGGGCGAGUGUGUGCUCAAACUUAAUUAUAACCCGAAUCUCGCAAACGCCUUCCUAAAACUCUGCGUAAGCUUCUCCCGCCUGAAACUAAUAAAUUUAAAAUAUGGCAACAUUAAACUUGACAUGAAAGCUGGCAACACCAGUGCCGUAUUCGAUUUUAGCGCCAUACUGCCGUGUUUGAAGACGAAGCAGUGGGUAACACUGGCUGAGAAGGUACAGGAGGAUGAUUCGAAGGUGCAACUGGAUCACCUAGUAGCCAACAAAAUACUAGCAGCUCAGUUACUAAAAACAAACCCAGAUAUAAAAACAGAGUCGGAAUCGGAAGACCAAUCACACCUAAUCAAACAACUUACCAGUUCAGAUUGUUUGACAAACGAUAGUUAUUUCAACAAAAUAGUUAUGACGAAUCUAGAGAAUGGACACGCAAAACAACUGGCUAAAUGCUUAGUGAAAGUAUCUCUAAGUAAUAUCGAAAUGGAUGUAUUUAAACGGAACUUUGUAAUGAAUAAUAGGACAUUACUAAACGCUUUGGUGUUAGAAACGUUGAAGAAUAUAAGUAAAUGCUUAGAAAACUCCAGUGAUUUGACUAAAGCUUUGAGCAAAUCUGAUUUCGAUUUGACUUUAUUUUUAAAAGAUUAUUUUAAUAAUUUAUCUCAGUGA